AUGACAUUGAGGGAUCAUAGCGUUGAAAGUUUGACGACAAUAAAACAAGUUUACAAUGCAUGUCAAGCAUAUCGUUCAUCACUUAGAGGUAAUAGAACAAAAAUGCAACAUCUUUUGACAAUGAUGGAACGCGACAAAUACGUUUAUCGAUAUAGGAAGGUAGAGGGUUCAGAUGAGUUGAGGGACAUAUUUUGGGCCUAUCCAGACGCUAUCACUCUUUCUGAGCGUGUUGAUAACUUCACAUGGGCACUACAAAUGGUGAAAAAACAGAUUACAAGUGGUGAAGUUGAAGUCAUCGUUACUGAUAGAGACCUUGCUUUGAUGAACGCAGUUGAAAAUGUUUUUCCAAAAGCAGUGAAUUUAUUAUGCUUGUUUCAUAUAUGCAAGAAUGUCAAAGCCAAGUGCAAGAUGACUGUGUUUCCAAAAAAGAAGCAAGUGCAAAUAAUGGAGGCAUGGGAGGCUCUUAUUUACAGUUAUGAUGAGACUCAGUACUACAUGAAGUUGGCUAUCUUUGAAGGAAUUUGUAGUAGUUGUUCUAUUUUUUAUGAUUAUGUACACGAGCAGUGGUUAAUUCCUCACAAGGAAAAGUUUGUUGAGGCGUGGACAAAUAGAGUUAUGCACUUUGGGAACACAACAACACAAAGGGUUGAGUCAGCGCAUUGGAGUUUGAAAAGGAUAUUACAAGAUAGUAUUGGUGAUAUAUAUGCAGUGUUUGAGAAGCCAUCAAUAGCAUGA